AUGAUCACCAAGUUCUUCAGCAAAAUAGUGGUCAAAUUCGAUCCUUUUGGGCCAGAGGCCAAGUGCGCCCGGUCCUUCAUCAGUUUGAUUUCGCCAAAGCUCCGUCAAACGUGCCCUGUGGACCUGGAAGUUCUCCCCAAAGCCAGCACCAAGUCUCCUCUGCUCAAGGUGACGUUCAAAGAUAAGACCUCUAUGGAGGGAAACCCGGCUGAACAAUCGUUUGACGACUUCGCCCAGAUGCUCGACAGACACUCCAGACAACUACAGUUCAAAGAAGACGCUAACAAAUAG